AUGGUCACCAUUGCAAACGCACAUGAUGAUUUGAUUCAUGAUGCUGUAUUGGAUUAUUAUGGAAAAAGACUUGCAACAUGUUCAUCAGAUAAAACCAUAAAAGUAUUUGACAUAGAGGGAACGGAAAAUUACAAGUUGACUGAAACUUUGAGUGGACAUGAGGGCCCAGUUUGGCAAGUGGGGUGGGCUCAUCCUAAGUUUGGAUCUAUAUUAGCAUCUUGUUCCUACGAUGGAAAAGCGUUGAUUUGGAAGGAACAGCCAGAGACGCAGCAGUGGUCAAUUAUUGCAGAACAUAAAGUUCAUCAGGCCAGUGUGAAUUCAGUUAGUUGGGCUCCUCAUGAAUUAGGUGCUGUGUUGUUAUGUACCUCUUCUGAUGGUAAAGUCUCAGUUGUAGAUUUUAACGAUGACGGAACAAUAUCACAUGUUAUAUUUCAUGCCCAUGCUAUUGGAGUCAAUUCCGCAUCGUGGUCACCUAUUCCAAAUAUUAGUUCGAAAGACCCUGCCACCUUGAAACAAAAUCGUCGUUUCGUUACUUGUGGCUCGGACAAUUUGGCCAAAAUUUGGAGAUAUGACCCAACUCAAAAUACAUAUUUAGAAGAGGCAAAGCUUGAAGGUCAUUCUGAUUGGGUUCGUGAUGUUGCAUGGUCUCCCUCUAUUUUAGUUCGUUCGUAUAUCGCUACUGCUUCUCAAGAUCGUACAGUCUUGAUUUGGUCGCAAGAUAGUUCAGGACAAUGGCAAAAGCAACCCCUUAUUGAGGAAAAGUUCCCAGAUGUUUGCUGGAGGUGUUCUUGGUCAUUAUCGGGGAAUAUACUUGCAGUGUCUGGUGGUAAUAAUAGCGUGACGUUAUGGAAAGAAAAUUUACAGGGUAAGUGGGAAUCUGCUGGCGAAGUAGAGCAAUGA